GGAGAAGCAGAGGAAGAUGCCUUUCGGGGGGGUUGCAGGGCUGAAGGAGCAGUUUCUGAAACCAGGGAAGGAGGAGGUGAAGAAUAUGGUAGGAGACGGCCUGGGGAACCUGCAGAGGAAAAUCGAUGGCACCAAUGCGGACGAGGAGGACCAGAUGGAGCUGACAGAUGACGCGGAACAGGAGACCCCUCGCCACAGUGCCCCUCUGUUUGAUUGCGGGUGCUGCGGCCUGCCCAAGCGCUACAUCAUCGCCAUCCUCAGUGGACUGGGUUUUUGCAUCUCCUUUGGCAUCCGCUGCAACCUGGGGGUGGCCAUCGUGGAGAUGGUCAACAACAACACGGUCUACAUCAAUGGGACACCUGUACUCCAGCCAGCUCAAUUCAACUGGGACCCAGAGACUGUGGGACUGAUCCAUGGCUCCUUCUUCUGGGGUUACAUCGUCACACAGAUCCCUGGAGGCUUCAUCUCUAACAAGCUGGCCGCCAACAGAGUGUUUGGGGCGGCCAUUUUCCUCACGUCCAUACUGAAUAUGUUCAUCCCGUCAGCAGCCAGGAGGCACUACGGCUGUGUCAUGUUAGUUCGCAUCCUACAAGGCUUGGUGGAGGGUGUUACCUACCCAGCAUGCCAUGGGAUGUGGGCCAAAUGGGCUCCUCCCCUAGAGAGAAGUCGUCUGGCCACCACCUCAUUCUGUGGUUCAUAUGCAGGUGCUGUGAUUGCCAUGCCUUUAGCAGGAGUACUGGUUCAGUUCGUUGGAUGGCCCUCAGUCUUCUAUAUCUAUGGUGUAUUUGGGAUCAUAUGGUACAUCUUCUGGCUCCUGCUUGCCUAUGGGAGCCCAGCCGCCCACCCCACUAUAAGCAAUGAGGAGAGGAUCUACAUAGAGACCACCAUUGGCGAGGGGGUCAAAAUAUUGAGCGCCACUGAGAAAUUCAAGACUCCAUGGCUCCGUUUCUUCACCUCCAUGCCUGUCUAUGCCAUCAUCGUGGCUAACUUCUGCCGUAGCUGGACCUUCUAUCUGCUCCUGAUCAGCCAGCCGGCCUAUUUCGAGGAGGUGUUCGGCUUCUCUAUCGGCAAGGUGGGGCUCCUGUCUGCUGUUCCUCACAUGGUGAUGACCAUCGUAGUGCCAAUCGGUGGCCAGCUGGCCGACUUCCUACGCAGUCGUAAAAUCAUGUCAACUACAAAUGUCCGGAAAAUCAUGAACUGCGGAGGUUUUGGUAUGGAAGCCACUCUGCUGCUGGUGGUGGGUUUCAGUCACACACGUGGUGUUGCCAUCUCCUUCCUGGUGUUGGCUGUGGGCUUCAGUGGCUUUGCCAUCUCAGGGUUCAACGUAAACCACUUGGACAUUGCCCCUCGCUAUGCCAGUAUCCUAAUGGGCAUCUCCAAUGGCGUUGGUACACUGUCUGGAAUGGUGUGCCCCCUUAUCGUUGGAGCACUGACUAAACACAAGACCCGUCUGGAGUGGCAAAACGUGUUUGUGAUUGCCGCCAUGGUGCACUACACAGGGGUCAUCUUCUAUGCUAUCUUUGCCUCGGGCGACAAGCAGGACUGGGCCGACCCGGAGAGCACCAGCGACGAUAAGAUUGGCAUCAUCGACGAAGAUGAGCUGGCCGAAGAGACGGAGCUCAACAGCGAGAUUGCCAUGGCACCCAAGAAGAGCUAUGGAACCACAGAGAACCCAUCGAGCUGGAAGAAGAAGAGAGGAGUCACCAUGCAGCAGGAUGAGGAUGAUGGGAACUCCCACCAUGGUAAUGGGAACUACCAGGAGCAGUAUCAGUGAUGUGCCCUAAGUAUCAGGGACAUUGGCUGUCCUUGUUCUUCACCUUUAUCCUGAAGCGUGCACUUGCACACUUUCUCACAUGGCUUCAACAAUGGUGGAAACUCCCUCCAGCCAAGCCUUUCACCAAUCCUAUGCUUUAAUAUCCAUGUGGCGUGUGCAAAUGCCCACUUCUGGAAAAGGGUAGAAAACCGAGACACAAAAUGAUCUCUAUCUCCCUAUUCGAUAUAUAGUGCACUACUACUACCGAGAAUAGGGUGGCACUUGAGAAGCACUGCAGGACUUCCCCUUCACGUCGACAUCAAGUGAAUGAAGGGUAUAGUGACAUACUUAGGGUGCUGUUAAAAAAUAAUUGACUCUUGGAAAGGGGGUAAUUUGAGAGGACUUUGCCUUCACGUCAACAUCCAGUAAGUAAGUUUCAGCAGCAAUUGGUCAAUUACCACAAACUUGCUUUUUGUUGUUGUUUGGUCAUUUUAUCCAUUUGACGGUUUUACCUCGUACUGAGACAUCUUUACAUUAUCGUGUGGUCCCUGAUGAUGUCACAUUUCACUAACCAGGUGUUGCGUCUGAGGCUGAGUAAGUGGUGUCAAUUGAGAAAGAAAUGAGAUACAUUUUUCUGGUAGGAACUCACCGAUGAAGGGACAUUACAAUUUGUAUAAAAUAAAAAUAAAUAUAUAUAUUCUGUACAGUACCAGUCAAGUUUGGACACACCUACUCAUUCAAGGGAUUUUCUUUAUUUUUACAAUUUUCUACUUUGUAGAAUAAUAGUGAAGACAUCAAAACUAUGAAAUAACAAAUAUUGAAUCAUGUAGUAACCAAAAAAUGUAGAUUAUUUAUUUGAGAUUCUUCAAACUAGUCACCCUUUGCCUUGAUGACAGCUUUCCACAAUCUUGGUAUUCUAUCAACCAGCUUCAUGAGGUAGUCACCUGGAAUGCAUUUAAAUUACCAGGUGUGCCUUGUUAAAAGUACAUUUCUUAUCUUCUUCAUGCUUUUGAGCCAAUCAGUUGUGUUGUGACAAGGUAUAUAUAGGUGGUAUACAGAAGAUAGCCCUAUUUGGUAAAAGACCAAGUCCAUAUUAUGGUAAGAACAGCUCAAAUAAGCAAAGAAAACGACAGUCCAUCACUAUUUUAAGAAAUCAUGGUCAGUCAAUCUGGAAUUUUCGAUAACUUUGAAAGUUUCUUUAUCUGCAAUCGCAAAAAACCAUCAAGCGUUAUGAUGAAACUGGCUCUCAUGAGGAUCGCCACAGGAAAAGAAGACCCAGAGUUACCUCUGCUGCAGAGGAUAAGUUCAUUAGAGUUAACUGCAUCUCAGAUUGCAGCCCAAAAAAAUGCUUUGUGAGACGCAGAGUAGGUGAACGGAUUAUCUCCUCAUGUGUGGUUCCCACCAUGAAGCAUGGAGGAGGUGUGGUGGUGUGGGAGUGCCUUGCUGGUGACACUGUCAGGGAUUUAUUUACAAUGUAGAAAAUAAUACAAAUAAAGAAAAACCCUUGAAGGUGUGUCCUAACUUUAACUUGUACUGUAUAUUAAUUCAGCAAUGUAAAUGUAUGCAAUAUUGGUAUAAUGCUGCCUUCAAAUGCUCCUUGGAGUCUCAUUUGCCAUUUGUGAAGUUGUAAAUACAACACGAUUGUGUUCAAGUUCUAAAGUCGGAACAAUUAUCCAACCAAUGAGAUUUUAGCUAGCUAGAUGAGCUAGCUAACGUUGCUAAUAAUAAAGUAAGCUAGCGUGAUGACGUAGCCGACAAUAACGUCAAACUAGCUAUUAUCCACAACUGCUGACCAACGUUCUUUGCACAGUAUGGGCAGAUGAAACAUACUGGAGUAUGGCUUACCUUUAAUUGAAUGUGAAUAGUUUUGUUUUGUGUCAGUUAUGCAACUAAGGGGACGUGCAUAUCAUGAAUGUGACUGGUUUGCUUUCAGCAUUAUUGAAGUAAACCACAGUGUUAAAAGUAUAGGCCUUUUUUGUUGUUGCUUGUAACAAUUUGCUACUGUUUAGUGACAAUACUCUACCACAGCUCUCAGCCUGCUGUCCAUGCCUUUACCAGGCCCUGGUCCCACUGUUUCCUUUUAAUACACUAGUUUCAGCAUUGCUAUGUGUAUUUAUGGAACUGUAAGCUCUCAGUAGGACAAAUAUACUGUGGAAUGUAAAACUGUGCACAUAUUCUCCAAGUGGGUUGAAGUCACAUAUCAUCAUGUAAUCAUCUACUAUUGAUCUAUUUGAUAUUCAUGUUCAUUUACUCAUUUUUUUUAUUGUCUGAAUAAGGGGUUGAUUGACUACUCCUCAAAUAUAAAAAAUCUUUAAAAAUGAUGUAUAUAGUGUCAAAUUAUUACUGCUAUUUAUAGGACUUAUGGGACAGUGAUUUUUCCGUUUUUUUGUAUAGUAUGUAAUUAUUUGUCAUUCCAUUGUUUGAUAAAUGCACUUUACUAUUUUCAGAUUGUCCAGCGUUUAACUUGAAUAUUGUCUAUUCUG